GAUUGUGUUCGUUCUCUCUUCCUUGUGCAUCCUUGGAAAGGCCAUCCAUGAUCUGGCUACCAGGAUGCCCCCAGAAGUGGAUGACUUCCUCUUCAGUGUGUCUAUAGUGAGUGGGCUCACAUGUGCUGUGCUGGCUGUGGCCAAGUUCAUGCUGGGAAGAGUGCUGACUAGCCGGGCACUCAUCACUGACGGGUUUAACUCUAUGGUCGGUUCUAUUAUGGGAUUUUCCAUUUUGAUUAGCGCAGAGGUCUUCAAGCACCAUGCUGACGUCUGGUUUCUGGAUGGCACCAUUGGAGUUCUCAUUGGACUCAUCAUUUUGGCAUAUGGCGUCAAGCUCCUGAAGGAUAUGGUGCCCCGUGUGAGGCAGACGAGGAACUACGAACGUUUUGAGUGAGAGUGUGUUUUUGACCAGACGAGCAGGUUCAAACACACACCAUCCACACAGCUGGCUGCCUCCUGCCCUCCGCCCUCUUCUCUCUGUCUUUCAUACACACCUUAACACACAUUUCGCCUGCAUAUGCAGCACAUACAGACUCCAUGUUCUCAUAAACACAAAUAUACAUGUGCUGUAUAAACUGUACAAAGUACAUUCAUACAUUCUGACAAAUACACAUGCAUGCACACACAUACACAGACGUCUGAGAGACUUUGAGGGACAGGGAUGUGAUUGAAGAGCACAUUCUGGAGAGAAAACACUUCAAUUACAUUUUUUUCCCGCUCUUCUUCACUUUUUCUCCAUGAGACCACUAGUUUAAAUAUUACAACUAGAGUAGGGAAAAGGCCAAAGAGUUGAGCUUCCGGGCUUUGGAUUUGUUCGACCUGAAGAUAGUUGCUGCUUAGAUGGCAUCAUUCACAUCAACACAGUUUUCACACUGUAGGAGACUACAGUUUGUUGAUUUUUCCUUGUACGUUCAGCCAUUGUUGUGGUGGGCAUAUUGGGGAUCAAAAUCAAAAUUUUUCAAAUGAUGCAGAUUUUAGUCAAAUGAGAAAUAAAGUAUGUUUCCCAAUGCAAUUUACUUGAGAAAACAUAUGAUGAACAUUGUAGGAUUUUCAUUUGUCACCCUAUUAAUUAGGAAUACAUACUCUGGGUAGAGCUGAGGGCAGCUCAUUUUAUUAUUAUUAUUUCUAGUUAUUGUUAGAUACAAGUGUUCCUUUCCUAAAUCAGACAAAGAGUCCCUGUCAAAAGAGGAGGAUGUAGAAAGCAGGGAAAAGAGGACUUAGACAGAGAGCAUAUGAGAUGUACAUACUGAGUCAGCAAACACUGCUUCAUCCAAAAGGUGAAAAGCAUCAGCGGACAGUUGGGUGAGGUCAGCCUUGAUCUAGAAACUCUACAUCUAAAAGCAAACAGCAGUUAAGAGCACAGAAGAUACUAAGGACAAACAUUUGCCAUAGGGUGGCUAUAAACCUAAAGUGCACAAGUCAUUUAUUUACAUUGCAUAGCCACCAGUACUGUAUGUACUGUACCCAAGCACAAAUUAACUAACUUCUCUGGUGUUUGUUGGUGACAGUUUAGCACAAUGGGUCAUUAAAGAAGUAAUUGGAGGGCCUUUUAUGUCUUUAGUAUCUGAUUUUACACGUUUCAUUGCCAUAUAUUGUACAUAUCGUUUUACUUGUUUACAAAAACAAACACUUGAGUCAGUUAUUAACUGAAAUCCAUUCAGUAUCUUUGUUUGUUUUUUUUUUCU